AUGGUUCGGUUCAAGAAUCGCUGGCUCCUUGUCGAAUUCGUUGACACGUCUACGGUGGACGCUUCCGCUGAAAGAGAGUCUUCAAGCACGCGACCUCUGGACGGAAGGUUGAUCUACAACGCUCUUCGCGACAGCGUUGUGACGAACUUUGGCGACACUGGAUGGGGAGCAGUAGGGAUGUCGUUGAACGUUAAAUAUUUUUCACCGCUCACGAACCUUUGCAUUAUUCGCGUCGCACGAGAUCAACAUCGAAUUGCAUGGGGUGCAGUCACGCUUCUCACCAGCAUCCACGAUAUCAGGAUCAUUCCGCGUGUUAUUCAUGUCUCAGGCACCAUCAAACAUACGCAACUCUCUGCAAUCGCACACAACCGAGAAGUUAUUGCGCGGUUUCGAACUAAACUCAAAAAUACCGCACUCCAUCAUGACUCAUAUGACGACUAUCUUGCGCGAAGUACUCGUGAGAUAGAGGCUUUGCAUGACUGA